GUAGAAAGCUUCUUUAAAACUAAAUAUUAAAGCGUGUUUACGUUCAAAAAUAGUCUAAAUUAAACAACUUGUGAGUUUCUUGUUAGUGACUUUGUGAAAACUUUGAAUAAAUAACAAUGGCGGCUACUCAAACAGCUUUUCAAAUUGCUCAAGAUUCUGAAAAGGAAAAUCCUCGCAACAUGAAAACUAUGGCUGGAGGAAAAUCUCAUAUUUUACAGCCACUAGGUGCCACCUUAGGUGGCGGUGUUGGUGGUGGCGUCUCUUCGAAACAAGGACGCGCCAAUUUUGCCGUACUUAAUUCAAAUGCCAAUGCUCGUGUACACUUAACAGCCGGCAGUGGUGUUAUCGCUGCCAACAACAAUCACAAUAACAAAGUGGCUUUUCGUGAUGUUGGCAAUGUUAAGGGCAACAAUAACAACAACAACAACAAAGAUGAUACAACAGCAUUGGCGGCAAAAAAAUCAACAAUUGUACCAGUGGAACAAUUUAAAACAUUUUCAGUUUAUGAAGAUUACAAUGAAGUGGAAGAGGUUGUACAGCAUCAACAACAGCAGUCAGUGGUGGUAAUAACGAAACAAAAUGAAACAACUGCAGCUACAGCAACUAGUCAUGAUGUUGUUGAUAAAGAAAAUGUUUAUCAUCAAAAACAACAGCAACAUCGUUUCCAACAGCAUAUUUUAACAGACCGAAGUGAAAUCCAUAAAUAUGAAGAGAAUGAAUAUAUCUUGGAUACCACCCCCAUGUCGGUUUCUGAUGUCUUAUCGCCCAUGUCUGUGGAUCGUUCAGCAUCGGCUUCGCAUUUAUUCGACGAUAGCAAUUCUAAAUUGGAAAUUGCUGAUCAAUCAGAUGAUAAAGAUGCAUUACCACGUAAUGAUCGUCAACGUUUCUUUGAAGUUGUGGAAUACCAGCGUUCGAUUCUAGAAUAUUUUCGCGAAAGUGAGAAAAAACAUCGUCCCAAACCUCACUAUAUGCGACGUCAAACUGAUAUCAACUACUCAAUGCGCACUAUACUCGUAGAUUGGCUAGUGGAAGUUUCCGAAGAAUACAAUUUGGAUACUGAAACUUUGUAUUUGUCCGUAUCCUAUAUUGAUCGUUUCCUCAGUCACAUGUCGGUGGUACGCAAUAAAUUACAAUUGGUUGGCACGGCUGCCAUGUAUAUUGCAUCAAAAUAUGAAGAAAUCUAUCCACCAGAUGUAGCUGAAUUUGUUUUCAUAACCGAUGAUACCUACAAUAAGGCUCAAGUUUUACGCAUGGAACAGAUUAUUUUGAAAAUUUUAGCUUUUGACUUGUGCACACCCACUGCCUAUGUAUUCAUUAACACCUAUUCCGUGCUUGUUGACAUACCCGAUAAAGUGAAGUUUCUCACUUUGUACAUUGCUGAAUUGUCUUUGCUGGAAGCUGAUCCCUAUUUACGUUUCCAUCCUUCACUUAUUUCGGCUGCUUCUUUGGCUUUGGCCCGUCAUUUAUGCAAUUUACCCAUUUGGUCUGCGGAAUUGGAAGAAAUCACUACUUACCGUAUGGAGGAUUUGAAAGAGGUCUUCCUGUGUUUGUGUAAAACUCAUAAUGCUGCUGCAGCUUUGCCUCAACAGGCUAUACAGGAGAAAUAUAAGGCAGAAAAACACCGUCAUGUUUCAACUAUAACAUCCCAGAAUAUCUCCGAAGAACAAUUUGAUGAAAUUGUAAAAAAAUACAAUGAAUUGUCUGAAAAAAGUAAAGAACAAAUUAAUGGCGCAGCUACAGGGUCUAAUACAACAACGUCAUCUUCGUCAAAAGUUAAUUUGUUUUUUAAGUUUUAAGUUAAUUUAAAUGUUUCAUUUCUUUUUGUUUUAUGUAUUUUUUCGUUUUUUAUUAUUAAAUUUAAGAAAAGAAACAAUGAGGAAUUUUAGAUUUUAGCUAAUAAUUUUUAUAUAAAAUUAAUAAUUGAUUUUGAUGAAUUUAAUUUCAAUUAUUAUUAUUUUAUUUUAAACAAAGCAAAACAACAACAAAAACAUAAGUAGACCAUUUAAUUGGGCGCUCAAAAUAAUUAUUAUAAUUUUGUUGUGUCUCUUUUAAAUGUAAUUUAAAAAUAUUUAUUAAAAAUUAAUAAGAAUUAUUACAAAAAAAAAAAAUAAUGGCAAAUAAAAUAUCAUGCUUUAACAAAAAGAAAAAAAAAAACUUUGAAACUGAUAUUUGCAGUAAUACAAAACGAACAAACAAACCUAGAAAAAAAAACAAAAUUUUCUUUUAAAGAAAAUUAAAACAUUUUUUUUAUUAAAAUAAAUAUCUUUUUGGACAAAAUUCAAAUGUUUUGUCAUUUUGAAAAGAUUUCAUAAACUAUAACUAUUAGCAUUUUAUAAAAAAAACAAGCUGUAUUUAUUUGCCAUUAUAAACAAAUUUUAAUUAUAUUUUGUUAACUUUAAGUCAGUAUAUUUUAAAAACUAUUUCUAUGUUUCUACUUUUAAACACAAUUUAUAUACUCCAUAAAAUUCUUUAAAUAUAUAAUUCUAUAUUUUUAUAUUUAAAAUGUCAUGACACCCCUAGAGUCAUCUAUUAUUUAUAUAUUGUAAAAACUAAUUGUUUUUGUCACUGUUUCAAGUUCUGUGAACCCAAAAGAAGAAAAAUAAUCUCAAAAUAUAUACAAUAACAAUAUACAUGUCGCAAAGAAAUUUUAUAACACACAAUCUAUUUUAUGAAAAGCAUAUAUUAUCAUUAGGGUUCUUUAAUCAGUUUAAAUUUACAUUACUCAACAGUAUCUUCAGUGCGUCCUUGAUGUUUUUUCACUGUUGCAUUUGUCACAUUCUCACCAUUCUGCUGAAACAGUUUUAUUCUCUGCUAUAGAAACCAUCAUUACUUUAAGUUAAACUGAAGACUUUACAAGAAUUAGGCUACAUUUUAGAAAAAUUUUCUUUGCAUGUAAUUAUACCGUUUCUAUUUAUAUUUUGCUUGUACGAAUGCUAUGAAAUUACAAUUAUAUAGUUUUUAUGCAAGGCCUUUUAAAAUUUCUAAUUUUCUCAAAAGCGUUCGAAUAAAGGAAAUUAUCAAGAGAAAUUCAAUUUAGUUAUAUUAGGGGAUUCAGAAGCCUACCUACAAAGUUAAACUCCCAGCAAAUGAUAUUAAUCAGGAGCUACUCCUCUUCUCCAUAAAUAAAUUUUAGAUUACAUUACACAAGAAAAUAAAGAUACACCCAGCACUGUAUUCAAAAUAAUAAUUCUGUUAUAUACAACCUUUCACACAUUUCGUUCGGAAUUUAGUAGUUAUUAUACCUAACGAUUUAAUUUUAGCUUCUUCAGAUUCCGUUGGACUUAGUUAAUUCCCAAAAUAACUAAUAAUUUGACAAAGUUUUGUGUAUUAAAACCAACGUUAAGUUUUUGUAAAUGAAAUUCAUUAAACAUUUUGGAAACACCAAUAAUUAGAAACAAAUAUCAAUUCCACUUGGAAAACUGAAAGUGAUAUCAUUUCGAAAAAACUUUUCGUUUUACUUUUCUGAAGGAGCAAAAUAAUUAAUAAUUUAUACUUUCGAUCGGAAUGUGGAAUUCUGUGACAGUGGGGAUAGAAGAGAGAAAAAGCAUUU